AUGGCUCACCCACAAAAAUCGACAGAAAAAUGGAGCGAGAUGCAAGACAGCUCGCAGGAGUCCUUGGAGGUGCCAACAAAGACGGUGUCAACCCGCACCUCACCAGUGCCGGGAGCUCAAGAGAGCGCGCGUCGAACUCCAUCGCCUCACACCCACGCGACAAGGGCAACCACGUCCGUCUCCAUGCUGGCCAGCGAGCUACAGAUCAAGGUGAGGACGCAGCUGGAGCGGAUCGACACGGCUCAACGCCUGCUCAAGCAAGCUCAAGAGCGGAAGGGGCAGUUCGCCAAGGACGAGCUUGAUGACCUCAAGCAACAGAUCGACGAAGCUCAAAAGGCGUUCCACAAAGAGCACGCCCACUUCGAAUUGACUAGAUUGACGACUCAGCGACCAGAUCAACCAGCCGAAGCAGGGAGCACUCAACCGGCGAAUCAGCAGUCUCGCCUUCCGGACAUAUCACUGCCGAAAUUCUCCGGCGAUUACAUACAAUGGCCAUCAUUUUUCGAGCUCUUCAGCUCGAUCGUGCUCAAGAAGGCUCACCUCGACGAUGUGGAGCGGUUUUAUUACCUGAAGGGAUGCCUGGAAGGGGAGCCGCUCCGAAGCGUAUUGAAUCUUCCGCUCACCGGCCCAUCGCUGCACGCUGCGAUCGCCCAGCUCAAAGGGCGCUACGAGAAUAAGCGGCAAUUGGUACAGGCCCAUCUCGACCAGCACGCCUCUGUGACAGUUUAUCAAAACGAUCCCAAGUCACUGAGUCAGCUCGUCUCCACCGCCCUAGAAACAAAACAAGGAGUGCUCAACAUAAUCGAGCCCAGCUCACUCGACGAGUGCAUGCUGGUGCACCAAAUGUGCCGCAAGCUCGACCGCUCAACCAAGGAGAGGUGGGAGUCAUCACUGGGAUCCUCGACAGAGUACCCCAGCUUUGAUCGGCUCGUGGAGUUCGUGACCUCACGAGUGAGAACUCUGGAGAGUUUGGCAGCGGAUCCUACAAAGCCAGCUCAACCUAAACCAGCCGCUCAACCGUCCACCUCAAGAACGAUGACGCAGCCGCUGCCAGGAUCAUCAAGAUCAACCGCUCAAGGGGCCCGAGCACUAACAGCUGCGACUGCUCAACAAGAGAUCACGUAUCCCUUCGAGAGACCAUCGCCGUUCGAACAGUGCGACAGUUGUGGCGAGCCACACUACAUCUGUGAGAGCGUGCCGUUCAAGCCAGAAGUGCAAAGAAUGCUCAGCACGUCACCACACCAUGCUGCAUGGAGCCUCACCAGUGCCUUCUGCACCUGUGUCCGCACAGCAGAGACGCUCAACGCAUCAGCCCACAGUCAGUUCAUCAAAGACAACCUCAUCAUCGGCUCAAACAACGGAAUAAGACACAGGUACAGUCGUCAACAAACCCGCUCAUCUAACGCUUCUCGCAACGGCUCAGGCUCUCCUCAAGACCGAAUCAGCACUCCACAACAAUUGACCAGCCAGCUCAACCUUCGGAGACACCGAUCAUCCAUCACAGUAAUUGGUGUUGGUGGAACAAAAUCAACUGAAACUCGCGGUGUGGUGGAUAUCACUCUGCAGUCAACACACUCACAACAAGCCAUCUCGAUGCAGGCUCACGUGCUCACAGCCGUAUCGACAAUCCUGCCAUCGUUCUCAUUGAGAACUCCGAACUGGCCUCACAUAAGAAAAUUGAGGUUGGCGGACAAUGCUUUCUUGACUCCACGACCAGUCGAUGUAAUCAUUGGAGCAGAUUUCUACGGAAGGAUCAUCAAGCCAAACAUCAUCACGGCACACCAACAACACCAAUUGCUCAACUUUCCAUUUUUGGAUGUUGCUCAAGAUGACCAGAGCAAUCUGCAAGAGCUGCUCACCAAAUUCUGGGUUCAAGAGGAGUCACCGAUGGACAUUCCAAGCACGCUCACUCCGGAGGAAGAAGAAUGCGAAUCACAUUUCUGUGCGACUCACUCUCGUAAUCACACAGGAAGGUACAUCGUUCGCAUUCCACUCAAGGCACCAGCAUCGCUCUUAGGCAAUUCACACAAGAUUGCUCAAAGAUGUCUACAAAGCACUUUGCGACGACUCUCCAAGGAUUCAGCAUACAACCAGCUCUACGUCGAGUUCAUGAAAGAGUACGAAGAACUAGGACACAUGGUAAAGGCUCCAGAUCAUCAACGAAUUUCAUCAAGAGAGGCUGAGAACGUUGGGCCUGAUGGGGAGAUGACCUUGCCACAUGAUGCUUCGGCAUCAGGAGGGUUGAGGGUCUCUUCUGACGGUUCAACACCUCAGACCUCUGCUCAUCUUCAACCAUAUUAUUUGCCUCACCAUGGAGUUCUACGUCUCGACAGUUCAACAACGAAGCUCAGGGUUGUAUUCAACGGAUCAAAAGCUACGACAUCAAGCAAAUCAGUCAACGAUUUAAUGCAUACUGGUGCUAAUUUGCUCUUGAAUGUUACAGAUGUUCUAAUUUGGCUUCGCCAUUAUCACCACAUUUUUGCCACAGAUAUCACAAAAAUGUAUCGCCAGGUAGCAGUUCACAAGGAUGAUUGGGAUCUCCAGCGAAUUCUUUGGAUCGAUGAAGACCGCAAUGUCAUCCCUUACCAGCUCACAACUGUCACGUAUGGCACAAAGGCGGCUCCCUUCCUGGCGACACGAGCACUCAUGCAACUUGUUCACGAUGAGGGUCAUCGAUUCCCUCUGGCAACGCCUUUGCUCACGCAUGGCAGAUAUGUGGACGAUAUCUUUGGAGGAGCAGACUCAAUCUCGGAACUUGUGGAGGUCGCUCAACAGCUGAUUGCAUUGUGCAACGCGGGCGGAUUUCCACUCGCAAAAUGGCAUGCGACUCACCCCGAAUUACUGAGGGCUGUUUCGUCAUCCACACAAUCGUCAGCUCCCAUAUCAUUUGACGACUGUGCUACCAAAUUACUCGGAAUUCAAUGGAUGCCUCAGACAGACGUAUUCUGCUUUUCAUCAUCUUCGACUAAUCCAUUUGAUCCAUUAGGUUUCGUCUCACCGGUAAUAGUACGAGCAAAAAUGCUAUUACAAGAGCUCUGGCUACACAAGAUCAAUUGGGACGACCCAUUACCGUCUCAAAUUGUCUCACGAUGGUUCACCAUCAGAGAAGAUCUCAACAGCUUGGCCAAGCUAUCGAUCCCAAGAUGGUUCAACACAUGGAGCAAUUCAACUGUAGAAAUUCAUGGAUUCUCUGAUGCUUCUCAACUUGCCAUGGCAGCAGUGAUUUAUGUCACUGUUAGCUCUCCGUCCAACAACUCAACGACAUCACUUGUCUGUUCUAAGACAAAGGUUGCACCACUGAAGAGGCUCACAAUACCAAGAUUGGAGUUGUCUGCAGCACUCCUGUUGGCAAAACUCACAAAAUAUGUUCAAUCAACGCUCAAGGUAAAGAUCAAUGCAACGCACCUGUGGACGGAUUCUCAAGUUUCGCUCAUAUGGAUCAAAUCGCAAGCAUCACGUUGGAAGGAUUAUGUUCGGAACAGAGUCAUUCAAAUCCAAGAACUCACUCCAAAUGCGCAUUGGAGGCAUGUUCCAGUUACGUCCAAUCUAGCCGACUGUGCUUCACGAGGCAUUUCGACAGAUCAACUCCAACGAUUCGAGCUUUGGUGGAAAGGUCCUCCAUGGAUGGCUCGAAAUCAAGAUCAUUGGCCAGAGCAAAAGGAAUUCUCAACUUUAACCAGCGAGCUCGAAGUGAGACCCAAUGUCUCACUCUUUGCCUCAGCUCAAAAGCUAAGUUAUCAUUGGGAUCUCAUUUAUAAAUAUUCAUCUCUUAUUAAGCUGUAUAGACUGACUGCACUUUGUUUCAGGUUUGCCUCACGGCUUAAGAGAAAGCUCGAAACUCCUCCUGUGAUCAUCAUACCAUCCUGCGACAUGGAGAAGGCGCAGCUCUUCUGGAUUCACGCGACUCAACACUUGUAUUUCACCAGCGAAAUCAAGACCCUCAACUCAGGCUCAACCCUGCCUGCAACUCACCCCUUCAGUCGCCUUACCGCCUUCAUCGAUUCACAGCGAACACUACGGGUAGGAGGAAGACUCACAAACACAGCGCUCAGCAGGGAUGAAAAACAUCCAGCGAUCCUCCCACGGGACGCUCACCUGUCGAAGAUCAUCAUUGAAGAUGCUCACAAGCGAUCAUUUCACGGAGGAACGCAGCUCACGCUCGCAUAUAUUCGACAACGGUAUUGGAUCAUCGGUGGCAGAGUUCCUGUCAAAUCUCACAUCUUGAGAUGCGUCGUGUGUGCUCGUCAGAGGGGGAUUCGUGCUCGUCAGAUGAUGGGUCAACUACCUCUCUCUCGAGUGACACCAUCACGACCAUUCGCUCACACCGGUGUCGAUUAUGCAGGACCGAUCACAAUGAAAAAUUCAAAGGGAAGAGGCUCGAAAACGAUCAAAGGAUGGAUCUGCGUGUUCGUAUGUUUCUCCUCAUCGGCAGUUCACGUCGGGGUUGUCCGUGAUUACUCAACAGAAGGAUUUCUGGCAGCCUACAGAAGAUUUUCAUCGAGACGAGGGAUCGCUCACAAAUUGUACUCUGACUGUGGUACAAAUUUUAUUGGAGCACAGGCAGAGCUCAAACGUGUGUUCACGUCAAGUUCACAGGAGCACCGAGAGAUCGCAUCGAUUCUGUCAGCUGACAGCACUCAAUGGAUGUUCAACCCACCAGCUGCUCCUCACAUGGGAGGAAAAUGGGAAGCUGUGGUGAAAUCGAUCAAGUACCAUCUCAGGAGAACCAUUGGUGAGCUCUUACUAACAUUUGAAGAGUUUUCCACUCUCCUCACACAGAUCGAAGCGGUGCUCAACUCACGACUAUUGGAGCCACUCAGUGACGAUCCCGACGACAUCUCUGCGCUAACCCCAGGACACUUUCUCAUCGGCUCAGCACUCAACACGAUACCAGAACCAUCACUGCUCGAAGUUUCACCAGCUCGGCUGUCGAAAUGGCAGCUGAUUCAGCAAAGGGUUCAGCAUUUCUGGUCUCAGUGGUCUCGACACUACCUACAGAGACUUCAGUCAAUCUCGAAGUGGCACCAUCCAUGA